CCUCCUCCUCCUCCUGGGAAGGGAGCCCGCUGCAGCCAUGGCAGGAGCCCUGCUUUCCUGAGCACCAGCCAGCCAGCAACACUUCUCCCCCAGCAUGAAGAGGUGCAAGUCGGAUGAGCUGCAGCAGCCGGAGGAAGACCCUGCUGGGGCGGAAGAUGCUCCCAACCUGCCCAGCAUGGAGACCAAGCCGGGGGAUCCAGCUCCUGCCCAGACGGAUUUGGGGGCCUCCAAUCCAAACCCAGUGUCCCAUCCUGUUACCCGGAGUAAACCUCCUGAUUUAAAGAAGAUACAACAGCUGUCUGAGGGAUCUAUGUUUGGUCAUGGCCUCAAACAUCUUUUUCACAGCCGCAGACGGUCCCGAGAACGGGAGCACCCCAGUCCCCAGGAGUCAUCACAGCAGCAGCAGCACCAUGGCAUGUCUGAUCAUGAUUCCCCUGACGAAAAAGAGCGCUCUCCCGAGAUGCAUCGUGUCUCUUAUGCUAUGUCCCUCCAUGACCUCCCAGCUCGACCAACUGCUUUCAAUAGAGUUUUACAGCAGAUCCGCUCCCGUCCUUCCAUCAAGAGGGGAACAAGUUUGCACAGCGGCAGUCGCCGAGUCAAGACUGGCUCCUUGGAACCACAGAAAAGCAGCCCCCACCUGGUCCGCAAGGCACCCCAAGAUAGCAGCCUGACAGCAAUACUGCAUCAACAUCAAGGCAGGCCAAGAUCCUCAUCCACUACAGACACUUCUAUUCUUAUGGCCGAAAGUGGGAAUGUAUACCUCCUAACAGAAGAGUCAGAAUGCAUCAACGACAAGUUGGAUAAAGGGGAUGUGAGUCAAAUCAGCCUGCCUUCCAAUACAAGCCAUGGUGAUGCCGAUGGCAAUAUUUGCCUUGACGUUCCAGAUGGCAAUCCAGAUCCACAGAGGACAAAAGCUGCCAUUGACCAUUUACACCAGAAGAUCCUCAAGAUUACUGAGCAGAUCAAGAUUGAGCAGGAGGCCCGUGAUGACAAUGUGGCUGAGUACCUGAAACUAGCCAACAAUGCUGACAAGCAACAAGCCUCUCGUAUCAAACAGGUCUUUGAGAAGAAGAAUCAGAAGUCAGCCCAGACUAUCGCCCAGUUGCAUAAGAAACUUGAGCAUUAUCACAAAAAGCUAAAAGAGAUUGAACAAAAUGGGCCUUCACGACAGCCUAAAGAUGUCUUCCGGGACAUGCACCAGGGCCUCAAGGAUGUAGGAGCCAAUGUCCGCUCCAGUAUCAGUGGCUUUGGAGGUGGUGUAGUGGAGGGUGUCAAGGGUGGACUGUCAGGCCUUUCCCAAGCCACACACACUGCUGUGGUUUCCAAACCCCGUGAGUUUGCGAGCUUGAUCCGCAACAAAUUUGGCAGUGCAGACAACAUUGCCCACUUAAAGGACACACUGGAUGAUGGGCACCCUGAAGAGACCUCACGGACUCUAAGUGGCAGUGCUACCCUGGUAUCUAGCCCCAAAUAUGGCAGUGAUGAUGAGUGCUCCAGUGCCACUUCUGGCUCAGCAGCAGGUAGCAACUCUGGGGCGGGUCCUGGUGGCUUGGGUAGUCCCAAGUCCAACACAUUGGACAGUCACCACUAUAAUUUUGAGACCAUCAUAGAAGAACUGAGAGAUAUUAAGGACAUUCAGUCACACCUUGAGGACUCCAUGGAAGACCUAAAGGCCCAGCUGCAACGAGACUAUACUUACAUGACACAGUGUUUGCAAGAGGAGCGUUACAGAUAUGAGCGUCUGGAAGAGCAGCUGAAUGAUUUAACAGAGCUUCACCAGAAUGAGAUGACCAAUCUGAAACAGGAAUUGGCCAGCAUGGAGGAGAAGGUGGCUUACCAAUCCUAUGAGAGGGCCAGGGACAUUCAGGAGGCUGUGGAAUCCUGCCUGACUCGUGUCACCAAGCUGGAGCUUCAACAGCAGCAGCAGCAAGUGGUGCAGCUGGAAGGGGUGGAAAAUGCCAAUGCUCGGGCUCUGCUGGGCAAAUUCAUCAAUGUCAUCUUGGCCUUAAUGGCAGUGCUCCUUGUCUUUGUCUCCACCAUUGCCAAUUUCAUCACACCCCUGAUGAAGACCCGCAUGCGUCUCCUGAGCACCACCCUCCUGGUGCUCUUUCUGUUCCUCCUCUGGAAGCACUGGGACUCCAUCACCUAUCUUCUGGAACAUGUGCUGCUCCCUAGCUGAUUCCUCUGGCAGCCAUGUACGAGGGCUGCAUGGUAUUUGUUUUUUUUCUUGUGGAGAUGAAAUUAGUCUCCCAGUUGAUUAAUUUUUCUUUUUGUCCACUUGGAGUAUGUAAUCUUCACUUGCCUCCUCUGCACAGCAGCUUUUAUUCAUGUCCGAUGUCAUCCCAGCCAUAGGGAGUGUAAGUUGCAUAGCACUUGUAAGAGGUCAAAUAACUCACUCCUCUGGGAUGCCUCUGCACAGGACAUCAGGAAGGCAAAGGAAGCCUAUGUUUUUUUUAAAAUCCUCCUUCUCUUACAUCUUCGUCAUUCUUUAAAGUAGGCAAAGUAAGAUUUAAUGGCCAAGCUUCAUAUGCAAACAGGAAUGAUGAUUUUUGAAAGUGGUUGCUUGGAUGGUCUAUUUUUCUGCCUGAGAAGGAUGGUGAAAAGUUUGUUCCCAGGCACAAUGCUAACAUUGGAAGACAAAGGUUCAGCACUGAAAGUGAACUUUUAUCUCUUCCCUCCUUUUUUUGGAUAAACUACUGUCCCUUAGGAUCAUGCACAGAGUUCAAGGAGUAGAAUGUACAUAUCACACCAGCUUGUCCAAGUCACAUGGAUACUUAACUUUCCAUUCCUUCAGAACUGUUGAUAUACCAGCAGGGUAGCUGGGCAUCUUAUUGUUAUGGGUUUGUCAACCUUGCUGGUUGCUUUAACAGUUAAUGCCCAAGGGAGGCAGAAUUUAGGAAGAAAGCAUCUACCAUUCUGGUGCAAAUUCAUCAUUUUUGGUUGGCUUUGUUUUCUUUCUCUUUGCUUUUGUUUGAUAUCUUCAGAGACUUAUAAGAAAUUCAGACAUUGCAUCUGCGAAUCUUACAAUCGUGUGUGUGUGUGUGUGUGUGUGUUAAUUUAUUGAUUUCACAAGUCUGCUUCUUUGUUUUGAAUCAAAUGUUGGAUAGGAAAAAAAUCUGAUUGUCUUCACAUCUCCUGUGUCCCUAGAGAAAAUGGAAUGCAAGAUGGCUUUUAAAAAACCCUUGUUCUGUUCCAAAUUAGAGCCCCUAUUUGAAUAUGGCAAUGUUUCAUCAGAUUCUACCAUAGAGAACUUGGCUGUUACUUAUCCCCCAAUCUCUGCAUACUGGAGUAAAUGUUACAAAUAGAGCUCAUGAGAUGUAGGAUCACAUCCUUCAGUGGAGAUUUUUUUUCACAAAGUAGAAAGUAACUGAUCACUUUCAGCCUUUAAGGGUCCUGGUGUAAAGUUUUUUAUAUGAAGGCAUCUAUUCACACUACUAAGUGUUCUCACUAUUUUUAUAGUAACUUUGCUAGGAUAUGGCACACUUCCCAGGCUGAAAAUGAAAUGAUGUAGAAGAGGAAUUCAUGCCUGAUGAUAUACUGGUAUUUGCAAAAAAAUAAUUACUUCCUUUGUUUGGCAGAAGGGAGACUUAAUUGUAAGUUGGACUCAUGAAUGUUGUAAGUAGUAUAACAGAAACAUGUGCUUCAGUACAACAUAGGCUAGAUCUUCUUAUGUAGCAGACUUGAAGUGACAGUCUUGAGGUGACAGGGUGGACAAAUUUGUUUUGGUGCAUGUGUGCGUAUAGCUCUAGGAUCAUGUUUAUGAUAGGUAAGUGUUGCUAAGAACAACAUUCAUGCAACUAGAAAUCCUGCAUAGGAGCUAGAAGAAUUGAUAGAAUCUUCCAUCUAAAUAUUGCUAGUUAGUUACAUACAGGGGAAGUUUUUUACAUGAGUUUUUCAAAAAUUAUAUAUUUUUUUCUCCUGCAAACUACAGUUACACAAUACCAGGCUUUACCGCCUCACCGUUUUACCUAUUUAGAUUUAAAUAUGUGAAUACCAUGACUGUGCAAUUUUGCAUUGGUGAGAACUCUAGGCAGAUGCCAACCAUUAAGGAAGGAGGCACUGAAAACUCAUGAGCAUAUGCACUUUAUGACACAACCUAUUAUAAAUGUCUGGGCUGUAAGAUCCUAGAAUCCAAGUGUUGUCCACUUCCACAGAGUUCAGAGAAAUUGUGGAGAAAGAAUUUUCAUAAGUUCAUCUCCCAUCUGCAACACUACAACAAAAGAAGAUGCUUUAUCAGCUGAGAUUCUGCCUUUCUUAAAGGCUGAAUUUUAUCCAUUGGACAUAGCAAUUAUUUGUUUCUCCUUUCUCCCUUUUCUGUAAAUCACUUAUAAAUUUGCUCUUUCUUAUGUAAAAUCAUUUCUGAUUUUUCAAGGAUAUCAUCUGUAUGGUAUCAUCCCAGAUGGCUCAUUUUCAAACCCAGGCAGCUACUUUUGGCCCUGAGAGCCUGCAUUUUACUCAUUUCUUUGGAGAGAUGAAUCAAACCUAAAGUGGCUGGGCCCAAAGCCUGGAAAACAUACUGUUUUAGACUGUAACUCCCAUCACCCCCAUUCAGUGUUGUCAUGCUGGCUGGGGAUGCUGGGAGCUGAAGUCCAAGGGUAACUUUCCAAGCCCUGAUCUGAGCCUUAAUAGAACCAACCUCUGUGAUAUCAUCAUGGAAUGCUGGUCUAGAUUUCAUGUCUUGGAUGCAUUGCCUUUUCCUAAGGAAAUCUCUGUGAUUAAAAACAAAACAAAACCCAUCAUGUGUAAACAGCAAUCUCAGAACUGCCUUUAAAUAACCCAUGGAGAUGUGAAAAACUCAACAUUUCUUUAAUGUAUAUAUCUAUUUAUUUUAUAUAUAUAUUUUCCUAAAGAGUUCAAAAACAGCAUACCUUUCCUGAUCAGUUCCAGGAGGAGCUGGUUUUGUAGCGUAAUGUGCAUGGAUAAUUUAUUUAAUAAUGUCGGGAUGAAUGUUGAAUGACUUGGGAAAGAACUCUCAGUGACAAAAAAAAGCUAUUCCAGAACAUGAAAUAAAAGAUUUUGGCCACAAUUCAUGGUGAGAAGUGUAACUCUGUGCAGGACUAGAGCUUUCAUCUUUGGUUAUGACUUUGUACUAGCUUUGAUCCAGCCCUUUGUCACCAAUGAACAGAUUGUAGAAGUUUUGCAGUGGAGGGGGUGAAAAUUUGGGGGAGGGAUUACAGGCAAAGAGUGAAAAAGGUACUAAUGGAAGCUAUAAUUCCAAGCAAUCCCCAGGUAUCAUAGCCAGUGAUGGUUAGCAACUUCUGAGAUAUACAGUGCAAAAAAAGAAAAAUUUACAAGCCCCAGGUAGAGUUGCUGCUGUUUUCAGCCUUUAAAAAAAGUAUAUGAAGUUAAAGCAAAGAUCCCAAAAAUAUUUUUCACAAAAAGAGGGAAAUGCAUAACCUGAAUGAGAUUCAUAUUUUAUUUGGACUUUUUCAUGUUUAUAGAUUUCCAACCCUUCCCAACCACUCCACCCACCAGAAAACUUUAACAGUGUAUGUUUUAAAGCGAUUGGAUAUUUUUGUCUAGUAUUUUGAAUUAUAGGCUGGUGGAAGAAGAACUGGUAACUUUAUCAAGCUUGUGGGUUCCAGAAGGAAACAAUGGCAAUUGUCCUUUGUGGCCUUAUACUCAUUUGUGAUUUAUAUUUAUCAAUCUAAACUGAACUAACAUGGCAUACUAUCCCCCCCCCCAUUCCACCAGCAAUCACUCAUCCCCUACCUUAACAAAAAUACAAAUGGCAUGUGGACAUAUCCUAAGUUUCAUUGGCAACUUGAGUCAAACCUAAUUUAGAACUGUUUCAUGCCAUCAGUCAUACAUAACAUGACCACAUUUAUGGAUGAAGAAUUCUUGGGCCGACAACUCUACAAGGUUUUACCUUUUACGGAAUGGUAUAAUCCCUUCAACCACCAUUUCAGGAGAAAGAGUGUUUGAUCAUCCUCUUAAUUCAUAAUUGGAAUUUAUUUACACAUGAUCCUUGCAAUCAUGUAGUUGUCCAUUACAGUACAAAAGAAAUUUCUUACUGAAUUAGCUUCUAGUGGUUCCAUGUCCACUGCACAUAGAAAUGCAAGUUCAACAGUGCUAUGUUUCUAGCCCUAUGGCAGGUUUUAACUGGCAAGAUUGCGGUCUUCUGUCAUAGAAGAAAGCCAAGUUCCCCCCCCCCCCCCCCCUUGGCAUUAUCGUCUUCUGAUACUGUUUGACUGUAUUUAUUAUGUAUGCUUGAAUCUUGUCCUGCUUCCAUCCCGUGGUAUAAAAUCUGUUUCCCUUUGGGAAACCCAUACAGAGGAAGCUCUGGUUUCAUUUCAUUAUAUUUUUCCAUUUGCCUUUUUCAAAUAAAAAGCAUUUUAAAACA